UAUGUCUAAUUAGAAUAAUAAAGCAUCUUACAUAAAGCCAUUUCUUUUCGGUGGAAUCUCAGGAUGUACAGCUGUAGCAGUUAUUAUGCCUUUGGAUACAUGGAAAGUUAGACUCUAGAUAUAUGGAGAAAACAAAGGAAUAAGUCAUGGUUCAACAAAGAUUUCUCCAAUAGAAGUGGCAAAAGAGAUGUAUAAAGUUGAGGGAUUGAAAGGGUUUUAUCAAGGGUAUUUAAAAAUGUUAUGUAAUUUGUAGAAUGGGAUCUGCAAUGUUGAGACAAUUAACUUAUGCCACAGCCAGACUUGGAAUAUACAAGGUGAUUGCAGAUUAAGUUAAGAUCAACUAAAAAAGUAAGAAUUGUUUAAUAAACUCAUUAGGGGAUCUAAGUUUCUUUGAAAAGGUUGGUGCAUCUUCUUUUUCUGGUUUAUGUGGAGCAUUAAUUGGGAACCCUACAGAUAUUUGUUUAGUAAGAUUUUAGGCAGAUGCAACUUUGCCAAUUGCAGAACGUAGGAAUUAUAAAAAUGCUUUUGAUGCUUUAUACAGGAUAAUUAAGGAGGAAGGAGUACCAACAUUAUGGAGAGGAUCAACUCCUACAGUAUUAAGAGCAAUUGCAAUAACAGUUGGUUAAUUGACUACCUAUGACGAGAUCAAAUAAUGGUGCAUGAAGAUAUUUUUAAGAAAGAAGGAAACAAUGUCUGAUAGAAUCAUGUAUAAUAUAUUUAAUAAAUUAGGGCUUCAGUUGGGGCUGGUGUGGUAACAUCUGUUUUAUCAUUACCAUUUGAUAAUAUGAAAACUAAACUUUAGAAAAUGAAACUUUAAACAAAUGGAAAAUAUCCUUAUUCAGGAGUUGCUGAUUGUUUUUUAAAGACUAUUCAAAGAGAGAAAAUUACAGGAUUAUGGGUUGGAUUACCAGUUUACUUUGCAAGAGUUGCUCCUUAAUCAAUUAUUAUAUUGUUGGUUUAAGAUUUGCUUCAUCAUGUAUUUGAGAAACAUUGAUU